AACAUCGUUACAUUUCUUGUAAUAUAAGCUGAUAAUUAUGUACCAAACGGACAAAAAAUAUCGACUGUUAUCGGAUAUAUUAUUAGAUGUCACUGCUUCUAAUGUCAAUUCGGUAACUAGAGAAACAUGUGUAAAGAUUGCUACAGUUCUAAAAAAUAAAAAAAGUACAAUCUCCCGAAUUUAUCAAAAUCCUAAAUGCUUACGAAAGAUUUUAAACUCAAAAAAAUUUUUAAACUAUCAUAGAAACAGACAUUAUCCCGAAAUUUUUCAAAAUUUGCAGCCUGAAAUCAAUGCUCUAAAUCAUAGCGUAAAUAAUUCCCCUGUUUACUCUCCACUUGGGAACAUCAAUUCGCCACAGGAUUUGGACAAUAUUUACUUACAGCCUGAAGGCAGUCAUGCUCUAAAUCAUAGCAUAAAUAAUUCCCCUGUUUACUCUCCACUUGGCAUCAUCAAUUUGCCACAGGAUUUAGACAAUAUUUACUUACAGCCUGAAGGCAGUCAUGCUCUAAAUCAUAGCAUAAAUAAUUCCCCUGUUUACUCUCCACUUGGCAUCAUCAAUUUGCCACAGGAUUUAGACAAUAUUUACUUACAGCCUGAAGGCAGUCAUGCUCUAAAUCAUAGCAUAAAUAAUUCCCCUGUUUACUCUCCACUUGGCAUCAUCAAUUUGCCACAGGAUUUAGACAAUAUUUACUUACAGCCUGAAGGCAGUCAAUCACAGUACUCUAAUUGUUACGAUAGUAUCUAUACUAAUCAUACACAAUCCUCUUCAGGAAGAAUCUACUCAGAAGUCAGUCAAUUUGAGAACUGUGAGGAGAGCAAACUGUAUUUAAAUGCUCCUGCAAGUUUAUCGUCUAUAAUUAUAGAUAGUUUUAAUACUUUUAAACAUAUCAAUCAUACAGAAUCCACUCCAUUACCAAUAACAAGCUCUCCAUCACUAAUAUUAAAAGAUCAAGAUAUUAUAGAUGCACCAAUAUUUGACAACAGUCAUUUGAAUGAUCAUGUCUUACCCACUUGUACUGUUAGUAAAUGCUACUUAGUUGACGGUAAUCAGCCUAACCAUUCAAUAGUAAACAAUAAUAAUGAUAUAUCAGAUGUAAUUUUUGACAUACCAAAAGAAGUACAAAAUUUAACAAUAGAUACAAAAAAUGAUAAAAUUUUGCCUCUUACCUCUAAAAAUAUUUCACCAACAGCUAUAGAUAAAAAUUCAGCACUAGAUUAUGUAGAGGGAACAUUUAUUAUAAAUAAUUCACUUUACAAUGUCAUUGUUGAAAAUAAUAAAUUAGUUGAAAAGUUUUACCCGUAUGUGAUAAAGACCUUAAUACAUAACUACGUCAAUAAUACCUGUACCUUUAAUAUACGCUAUAAAAGCUAUAAAAAAAAAUAUUGUCAAUUUAAAAUUGUGAUGGAAUGUAUUCAUAGAGAUUGUAAAAAAGUCAAAGUAUUAUUAAAAACAAGUGACUAUUCAGCUGAAGUAAAAAGUAACAGUUUAAAUUUCAGCCACAAAAGUCCUAAGACAGGUUGGGUUACAGGUGUUGAAAGAGAAAUUCUUAAAAGAAGGUUAUAUAAUGACAAAGCAUUAAAUGUAAAAAAUAAGGAUUUAAAUGACUGUCUAGAUGAAAAAUUUAAAAAAACCAAAAAAUUAGGUUUGGUGAAAUCAGAUGAGGUUUACAGAAAAGCACGAUCUGAAGCUCUAGCAAUCAAUGACAGGUCCAAUAAUGAUUUACUUGACCUGUUGGCAUAUCAAAGUAAACAUGCGUCAUUUGUUCAACGUAUUAGUAUGCCAUUUCAAGUGAUAAUAUUUAGCCUCGAACAGCUACAAGUUUUGAUACAGGCACCACCUACAAUGCUACAUUUUGAUGCAACUGGCAGUGUUGUACGAAAGCCCAAACUUAGUAAAGGAAGUGAGGUUGAAUGUAAACGGGUAUUGUAUUAUUGUGGAGUGGUUAAUAUUGAAAAUAGAAUAUUACCUAUUUUCAGCAUGAUUUCUGGUAUUCACACUACAGUAGCCAUUUAUCAAUUAUUAAUGGAUUUCAAAUAUUUUUGUAUAAAACAGAAUUUCUGGCCAGCUUUCAAUGGAGUAGUGUCAGAUUUUUCAUUUGCCAAUUUGAAUGCUCUUGCAUACGCAUUUAAUAACUGCCGUAAUUUGAAAGAAUAUAUUAAUCAUACUUAUGAUUUGAUAACAGGAAAAAUAACUAUGUCAGAAGAGUAUGUGCCUAUAUACUUAUGUGUGGCCCAUUUCAUGAAAAUGAUGUCACAAGAUGUGAAAAAACAUGUUUCUGACUCAGGCCACAUUAACUAUAUUUUGGAUAUGUUGGGAGGUUUGAUGCAAGUCCGAAACUUAGAAGAAAUUGAUUUAUAUGUAAGAUGGUUGUACAUAUUUUUUAAUUCUAAAUAUGAAUCUUCUUGUGUCAAGGAAGCCGAAACAUCAUUGUGUAAUUUUAAAGAUACCAUUGAUGUAGUUUCAGAAAAUACAAAUGAUAACAUAGAAUUUGAAGAUAAAAAUGACCCUCUUUUCAGAAAUAACAAAUUUUUCUUUAGAUAUAACGAUCUUAUUAGUAAAAUUGACAUAGACUCUGAAGUGCCCAAUACUGAGUUGAAUGUUUAUUACAAUCCAACUCUUUUCGACAUAAUUCUCAAGAAGUAUCUGACAGUAACACCACUGUGGUCAAACAUUUUAAAAAAAGAAAGAGUUUCAAAUGCAUCUGUCGAAAAUUUCUUUGGUACAAUGAAAGCAUUAGUUUUAAAUAAAAGGUCAUAUCUGAAAUGCACGCAAUUUAUAAGAUUAGAAAGAGAAUAUAUUUUAGCUAAAUUCAAAGAAUUUACACAUAAUAUACCAAAAAAGAGACUUACAAAAGCUAAGGAAGAUGAAGAAACCUGGGAGAGGAAAAGGCCAAGAAAAUCGAUUACUCAUUUUGAUGGGAAACAUUUAAGACCAAAAAAAACAAAUUUGCUCUUAAAACACGACAAAGCAUUGAAUAUUGCAAACAUAGAUCAUGAACCAGGAUUGUGUAAAAUAAAAAUAGAAAAAGGUACAGAUAUGAACAUAGAUCAUGAACCAGUUCAUCCAGUAUUGUCUGAGAUAAAAAUAGAAAAGGAUACAGAUUUUAAACCACCUCAACAAAAAAAUAUUGAUUACUUACAACAUAGAAAAAAAAAAAAAGUGGAUGAAGUAAAAAUUACUGAUACAGAUAUUAAAUCACCUCAACAAAAUGUAAUUGAUAACUUACAACUUCACAACAAUGGCUUAGUGAGGGAUCCAUCAUAUUACAUAACUGGUUUAGAGAGAAAAUAUUAUGUAUCUGUUUUUGAUAAAUCGCCUGAUUUAGUCAAAGAAUUAGAUAAGGAAGACUUUGAGACGCUUAGUGGAACAAAAUGGUUAUCGAAUAUUGCUGUUGAUCACUGUCUAGCUGUAUUAAACCAAAAUAAUACAGACAAAUAUCAUAUUCUUUCUGUCAACUUCAGUUCGAACUUAUUCUCAAAUAAAAUAGAUUUGACUGACGAACAUAUACAGGAACUGAACACAAGAAAUAUGGAACAAUCUCUAAUCUUUCCAAUAUUGUUACAAAAUCAUUUUACACUUGUUCAUCUUUCAAAUGGUGGAAAGAAAAUGACUUGUAUUGAUCCUAAGGGUAAUGAAGUUAAAUAUGUCAAUAAGUACGGUAACGUGAUAAAAAAAUAUUUUAAACAUGCCAUAAAUUUGAAGGUGUUGAAACCCAAACAUAUCAUACAAUCUGAUGGUCACAAUUGUGGUGUUUACGUGAUAAUGUUUAUUGAAAAAAUAAUAACCAAAGGUAAUUUAAAUGAUAAAUUUUUCACUCCCCAAGGUUAUAGGUCUUACCUACAGCAUUGUAUACUUGGUCACAGUGACUGCAUUAAAGAUAUAUGUUAUAUUUGUGGACGUUCUGUAUUAAGCCUCAAUAAUAAUAAAACAACAUGGAAGUGCACUUUAUGUCAAAGAACAUUACACAAUGAUUGUAUCUCACCAGAUAGAUUUUGUAUGUUGUGUGCUCAUUAUAAACAAAACCACCUUAUUCAUGAUUAAUGCUUCACGAUUAUUACAAUGUAAUAUCAAUAUUAUACAAUAAUCAAAUAUUAUUUUAAUGCAAUAAAAUGAACAUACCUACAUGUAACAGGAUAAAUUAAUGCAUGAAUUAACUUACAAUAAGUAGUGCCCUGUUUAUACCAAUUAUUAUAAUCAUUGAGUAACAUACUGAUUACUGAAGGCACCGAUUUCACCACAUAAUUAAUGCAUGACGAUUAUUAUAAUGUAUACAAUCAAUUAUAAUUAUACUCUAAUAUUAUUUUAAUGCAAUAAAAUGAACAUACCUAUAUCCCAUUCCACGGGGUAAUACAUUUGACAGAACCCUUAUUACAUCCCAAUAAGGGUAGUUUUUGAUUAUAUCAGAUGUCUUUACUCCUGGAAUUGGAUAUACACGUAACAGGAUAAAUUAAUGCAUGACAUCAUUAUCAUCAAAGAGAUACCAACUGUUUACUGAAGGCACAAUUUUAAAUUUUUCACUACAUAAAGUGGUGUAAUAAUAAUAUGUAUGUUCAUCCAAAUUAUGAUUAAUGCCUUCAUAAUAGCUACUAAUGCAUGACUUAGUUAGAUGUAGUUAGAUGAAGGGGAAACAAAGAGUUUUUCUUUUUAAUCAAAAAUAUUAUUGAGAUUAAGAAAAACUCUUUCAUGAUGUAUUAUAAAAUAUAUGAAAAUUAUGUGUCUUUAAAUGUAACAAAACAAAUAUUUUCAUCACAUGAUUUACCUUAAUUUAUAAUACUGAAAUUCCUAGCCACACCUCCCAGUGGUCCCCUUCGGUAACUAAGGUGCAUUAAGGGAAACAUGCAGAUAAUAACUCUUCAUCAUUAGUGCACCUUAGGCGAACGUGGCAGGAAUGUAAACCUAAAUAAAUGUAGUCUUUUCUAUAGUUAUUAACGUUUAUCUAUGUAUACAAUGUUUCAGAGUGAAGACUCUCACAUCAUCACUAUCACCAGCUCCGCCAUCAUAUUAUGUGGAGAACGAACAAUCAUGAUGAAGCUGACGCCACAACAUUCCAGAACCACCAUAUACCGUAGUACAUAUACCGCGGCAACGGGAGCAUGAAGAAGGACCUGCAGAACAUCAUCUGGGUGUUCCAAGGGACCGAUCUGUAUAAUAUCCUGAUGUACGUGGCUCGAGACCUAUACAAGCUGCCGCCUGUUACACUUGACCACAUCAAUUUGACCCGGCUCGCACCUCAAGCAUUUUUUAUAUGAACUAAUUUUAAUUUGAACGAUAUAGAUGGAUUGUCAGUGAUGGUUGUUCAGUCUUAGGGCCUGUUUCACAAUGUCUGGGUAGUGGCUACCUGUCGGGUAAAAUACAUGUUGUCACUGUCAAAAAAAUAAUAACAGAGUGACAGCAUGUAUUUUACCCGACAGGUAGCCACUACCCAGACAUUGUGAAACAGGCCCUUAACAUCGUAAUUCUACCACUAGGCUCUUAUUUUUAAUUUAUUGAAGUCUGUAAACCUAUGAUAUAAAAUACAUAAUUUUGUCUGUGAUUAAAUUGUUUAUAAAUAAAAAAUAUAUUUUAA